GAGGAGCCAAUGGCAGGCGGCGGAGGAUGACGCUAUGGAUAUGGCGGCUGCGGUCGAAGAACUCGGGGACGUGUCGGGCUGCUCGGUAAUCUCUGUCGGUGUCCAGGGAACAGAGCAGCUGCCUCAUUAGGAUUCGUACCCACGAGGUGGUGCAGCAGGCCGUAGGGGAGAGCGAGCGGCGGUCAUGGCUUAUCACGCGGGCUACGGAGCCCACGGCUCCAAGCACAGAGCCCGGGCAGCUCCAGAUCCUCCUCCCCUCUUCGAUGACACAAGCAGUGGUUACUCCAGCCAGGCAGGGGGAUACCCAGCCCCAGGAGCUGAUGUGGCCUUCAAUGUCAACCACUUGCUUGGGGACCCAAUGGCCAAUAUGGCUGUGGCUUACGGCAGCUCCAUCGCAUCCCAUGGGAAGGACAUGGUGCACAAGGAGCUGCACCGUUUUGUGUCUGUGAACAAACUCAAGUAUUUUUUCGCUGUGGACACUACCUAUGUGGCCAAGAAGCUAGGGCUAUUGGUCUUCCCCUACACACACCAGAACUGGGAAGUGCAGUACAGUCGUGAUGUGCCUCUGCCCCCACGGCAGGACCUCAACGCCCCCGACCUCUAUAUCCCCACAAUGGCCUUCAUCACCUAUGUACUGCUGGCUGGGAUGGCACUGGGCAUUCAGAAAAGGUUCUCUCCAGAGAUGCUAGGUCUGUGUGCAAGCACGGCACUGGUGUGGGUCGUGAUGGAGGUGCUAGCCCUGCUCCUGGGAAUCUACGUGGCCACUGUGCGCAGUGACCUGAGCACCUUCCACCUACUGGCCUACAGUGGCUACAAAUAUGUGGGGAUGAUCCUCAGUGUGCUCACAGGGUUGCUCCUUGGCAGUGACGGCUACUACGUGGCACUAGCCUGGACUUCGUCUGCGCUCAUGUACUUCAUCGUGCGCUCCUUACGUACAGCAGCCCUGGGCCCUGACAGCAUGGGGGGCUUGGGGGCCCGGCAGCGUCUCCAGCUCUACCUGACUCUGGGAGCUGCAGCUUUCCAGCCCCUCAUCAUAUACUGGCUGACCUUCCACCUGGUCUGGUGACCCCUGGCCCCCACUAGCACUGAUUUUUCCACACAUUGAAGAUUUGAUUUCCUUGA